CCGAAACCAUGAGUGGGAGACUUAACCGACUGAGCCACCCCAAAGUUAUCUUUUUUAAAAAAAACUAACUCCCCCCUCCCCGCCCCUCCGGGGCCCCAGACAGCCUCGGAGGCACUCCAGCUUCAGAGCACUCUAUCCCCCUUGUCCUGUGAAUGACCGCUGAGGAAGACAAUGAAUGAGGCAAAGGAGUCUCUUCGAAACAUCGAGCAGAAGUACAAGCUCUUCCAACAGCAACAGUUCACCUUCAUCACCGCUCUGGAGCACUGCAGGGAGAACACCCACGACAAGAUCCGGCCCAUCGCCAGCAUCAGACAGGUGCAGAGCUACACGGAGCAUUACUGCAACAACUCCACAGACCAUCGCAUUCUGCUCAUGUUCCUGGACAUCUGCUCAGAGCUGAACAAGCUGUGUCAGCACUUCGAAGCCCUACACUCCGGCACCCCGGCCACCAACAACCUGCUUGAGAAAUGCAAAUCCCUGGUUAGCCAAAGCAAUGACCUGAGCAGCCUCAGAGCAAAGUACCCUCACGACGUGGUGAACCACCUCAGCUGUGACGAGGCCAGGAACCACUACGGAGGUGUCGUCAGCCUCAUCCCCAUCAUCCUGGACUUAAUUGAAGAAUGGAUCGCCCACUCAGAGAAGCUGCCCCGCAAAGCCCUGCAGCAUGUGAGUGAGCCCCAGGCACGCCAGGAAGCCACCGGGGUGGCUGCUCGCCCUUCCUGGACCAUAGGCACCCAGCCUCGGUUAAGAAAGCACAAAUGUAGGCGACUUACAAAAGACAGCCCCAAACCUAGGGGGAAUGACACAGGAUGUUUCAAACCUCCCUGGAGACCACCUGGCGGGAAACUGUAA